AUGGCUGCCUUUAAUGAUCUCCAACUGUCCUUUCAUAACUCCGGGUCUUUUACUGCAUAUCCUAGUUUUGGUGAGAUGAGAAUUGCUGAGCUAAUACUUGUGUUGUGCCUUUUGUUGUGGGCUUGUAUUGGCUCCAACACAAUGGCAAGGAAGACUGUUCUUGUUAACAAUUUGUUUGAUGGAGCAAAGAAGAAGAAGACUAGUACUGUGCUAUCUGCAGAUAGUGUUCACAAAUGCAACCGCAAGAGACACUUGUCUUGCUUUGACAACAACACCACAUCGUUAGAAGACAAAAGACUCGUACCAACAGGUCCAAAUCCAUUGCACAACAGGUAG